CCAACACAGCGCGAGCACGUCAGAUAAUUACUUUGGCAUUAAUACUCGCAGCUUUGGAGAAACUUAUUUUUAGUUAAGAUAGAUGUAUAGUUGAUGGAACAGUGACCAGACUAUCUUUCUCUCCAAGUUAGAAACCAACUUCAACAAAAGGAUCUCAAGAUUAAUUCUGGAUGGAAAUUGAUGAAGAAGAGAAAGUCCUGAUGAGUGGAACAUACAACUUCAACAAUGACAAUGGUGUAGUUGAAUCUCAGCCUACAAGUAUGGCUCCGCUUGUAGUCAAAGAUCGAGAGCAAUCACCAGCCGCCUCGCAGACGACACGAUCUGAACCUGGCGGCAAACAAGUUGGACCUUCUCCAUCCUCUGUCCCUUUUGACGAUGCACACUGUGAGAGGAACUGGACGCAAACUCUCUUCUCCUGUCAGUCAGAGGACCGAAACCGCUGUAGUCUAUGCUGUUGCUGGCCGUAUCACAAAUACAUGGUAGCUACCAGACUUGGCGAGACGCCGUUCAUGGCCCUAAUACCAUGUGCUGUCUUCGCCCUCAGAAUCAAAGUUAGGACACUGUUUGGUAUCAAGGGCUCUCUUCUAGGGGAUUUCUGGGCUUCUAUGUGCUGUGAACCAUGUGCUGUGUGUCAGAUGACUUCUGAAUUGGACUCUCUCGGGCUUUAAGGAUAUCCCUAAUAAUAACUAGUACAUGUAUAACUAUCAUAACUUAGCAUUAUUAUACUGAGUGAGUGCCUUUACUGAAAACUAACUUAUUACACUUCACUAUUGUUAAAUCAGAAACAGAUAUUAUUUGAGCUUUGUACACAUAAAUGAACGAGUGAUGUUCUGCUUUUCUGUUUCUGUCAGAUUUUAUAGAUAUUAUGUACAAACGCUUAAAAUGCAGUAUUCUUAUCCAAUCUGUGUGCGAGAAUGUGUCACGUGUUAAAUUAAUGAAUCAAUUUUUAAGUCUUUGUCAGUAGAAGAGUAUGUAUAAAUUGUAAAAGAGGCAGUAAUUUUAUGUUUAAAUGUUGUCUAGGAUUAAAAAUGACGUAAGCUGUAUGUUUAAUCACUACGUAUUUAACAUGUGUGUCAUGUGUUGGAAAUUAGAUGUAAGUAGUAACAAAGCUCAAGUAAAUAUCUUAGUACAUUUUAUUUAUUUAUUUUAUCAUAUUCGUACCAUAAAGAUGUAUUAUGACAAUUAAAUGGAUAUGUAUCAUCGUAGUAUGUAUGAUAUAUAAUGCAGUUAUAGAUAUGAUGUAAAGAAAAAAAAAAUGUCGACAUGAUGAUUUAAUUUAAAAUCGAUUGAACGAGGGUAAAAUAUGAGUUAUAGAAAGAUUUACAUAGAAGCACUUGAAAGAUACGAGGGAAAUAAGACCAGGUGUUCCGGAAUGUGGGGAAUACAUUUAUCAUGUGAAAUAGCCCGUAGUAGGCCCUUUCUUCUUGAUUUUGCUUUUACCAUGCACAAAGUAUCCUUCAACCCGGUGAUCUAUAAUUACAAACCAUUACAUACAAUAUAUUUUUGUUAAAUUCCUUGAGCGAUGUCUCUUAGACAAGCAUAUUAUCAUUGUAUUUCUGCGUUCAUAUGAAAAGUGACCAGGUGUAAACAACUUAUGUUGUAUAAUUGUAUUUUCAUAUUCAUUGCUAUUUUGAAAAUUUGUAAUAAGACAAAUAACUGUUGUAUCAUGCCUGCUCUGUUGACUUUGGGAAUGCUUAUAUAACAAAGUAAAAUAAUCUAGACAGGAGGAACUAUCAAAUGAUACUGAUGCUGUUUAAUCAACACAAAGUUCCAUGCUUGUAAACUGGAAACAGUUUUUAAUAUCCGAUUGACAAAAGGGACGCAAAUGAGUAAAUGACCAGUGGAUAUAAUCCAAAUAAUUCAAAAAUAGCAAAACAGCUGGGCUUCAUUAUUUUUUUAAUUCGUAUUUUCUAUUACUGAUACCUGCAAGGGUGUAUAUAUGUGUGUGUUGUAUAAUUAUAGUGGUUACUUCAUUGAAAAAUAAGUAUUUUCAAAUACAAUAUCGUGAUUAAAAAUACGAGAUACAUACACUGUACAUUACUACAGUUAAUUAAGUGUGAAUUCAUUAAAACCAGUGUCAAACAUCAUCCCCCACAUCUUACGAUCACAAAUGAAUUUAAUAAAACUUUAAGAAACUGG